GUGUUCAAAAUGGUUAACUUUACGAAGAGACAGUGGUCAACAUUGAUCGUUAUUGGAAUUGCUGAUUUUUGUAACGCCGUUUGUGUGUCGCUGCAAGCUCCAUUUUAUCCACAAGUAGCUGAAAGUAAGCAUUGCACAGCGACAGAGUAUGGAUUGGUGUUUGGAAUUUUUGAGUUUGUUGUGUUCUUGAUUAGUCCUAUAUAUGGAGCAAACCUGAAUAGAAUAGGACCUAAACUUAUGUUUAAUGUUGGAGGCUACACAAUUGGUGUAUGUGCCAUAUUGUUUGGAUUAUUGGACAAAAUUGAAGACAGGUAUCCUUUUAUUAUACUCAGUUUUAUAAUAAGGAUAUUAGCAGCAUUAGGAAAUGCAGCGUUUUUGACAGCUAGCUUUGCUAUUAUAGCUAAGGAAUUUCCAGAAAACGUAGCAACUACUUUUGCAUGUUUAGAAACAUUCUUCGGCCUCGGACUAAUCGUUGGACCCACCGUUGGUGGUGCCCUCUAUCAGACAGGAGGUUACACUCUACCGUUUGCCGUAAUGGGAACACUAUUAAUUCUCUCUGCGAUUUUGACGGCGUUUGUGUUGCCUAAACAUGAGGAUUCUCCUGUUGACAAAGUUUCUCAAAAGUCUAUGUUGUCUGCUUUAAAAAUAUAUGGCGUCCUUUUGGCAGCUGCUAGCGUGGUGGUAUCCAGCAUGUCGAUCGGCUUCCUUCAAGCUACCUUGGAACCGCAUUUGCGAGAAUUCAAUCUCUCCCCCAUUAUAGUCGGACUUAUGUUUGUCAUCAACGGGGGUGUGUACGCGAUGACUACUCCUAUUUUUGGAUAUUUCUGUGAUAAGCUACAAGUACCUCCGAAGAGGAUUAUUGCGCUUGGAUGUGUGGUUGUGAUUAUUGGUUUCGCUUUGAUUGGUCCUAUGCCUUUAAUGCCGUUUAAGAAAGACAUUUGGUUAGUCGUAGGUGGCCUCGUUCUUCACGGUCUUGGAAUGGGAGCCCAACUCGUAGCUUCAUUUUCAGAUGCUCUUACGACUAGUAUUGGUCACGGAUUUCCUAACAAUUUGGACACUUUUGGCUUAAUAUCAGGUCUCUGGACAAGUAGUUUCGCCCUUGGAGCCUUCAUCGGUCCAUCCAUCAGCGGUAUACUAUAUGAUGUCAUUAAAUUCCCUAAUGCAUCCCUAUUUAUAAUUGUGCUGAACAUUAUUCUGGGAAUCGUGAUUGUUAUAUUUAAUUGUUAUACUAAGCCACCUACUUCUUACGAAGAACUUAAAGAAGAUAAAGUGGUUCAAGAGGAAACGGAUAAAAAUAGUAUUAUAAAAUCGUACCAUCAAAAUAGUGUGACUGAAAGUAUGAAAAGUAUCAAGUCAGUGGGUAAUGGAAUUUCCAUAGAAAAGAGCAGACCUCCAGCGAUGAACAGCUUAAUUGCCUGCAAUAGUCUAAGUCAAGCUUGGACAAUGAGGGAUCCCUCUAACCUCAGUAUUGGACCAUACAGCUAUAGCUACGGUACUGUCAAUCACAGACCUUCCAAUGGAAAUAUUUCCAGCUCAUAUCUAAACGGUGUUGCUUAAAUAUAAGUAUUUUAUUGUAUAGGUAUAAGAUUAAAAAAUAAAUGACUUUAGACUUU